UAUUUGACAGAUCUGACAACUAACUUCACGCUUCGUCCAUCGAGUCAGGGAUUUUAACGUUAUAUUAAUUUCAGACUGUUUUUUCCAAUUCCGCCAUGAUCAAAUUCAAAUUUUGAAUUCCUAUACAGGGUGUAGUUUAUUUUAUGGUAUCCAGGCAAAUCUGUUACAAACAAAACAAGUGACAUUAAUGUCAAGAAGUACUACAAAAAGGAAGUAAAAGGAAAUGAAUACAUUUUUAUCCGAUGCAAAUAAAUUAAAAAAUAUUCAAUAUUUUUUGGAAAAAAAUGAUCCUGUUUUCAACCACGUAUCAAAAUGUGGGUGUGAUUUAAGCUUAGUGGAUUAUGUGUUACAGUUGGAGCAAAAAAGGAAAAAUGAAACGGAGCAAAUAACCAACGAAUUAAAAAAUAUAUGGCACUUACUCCACAAGAAGAGAAAUAUUUUAUUAGACAAGAAUGUCAAUAACUUAGAUUUACAUUUAUUUAAACAAGAUAUGAUUGAAAUUCAAGACAAAAUUCAUACUUUACGAGUAAAAUUAUUACCUCAUUAUGACGUGUUAAAAGAUGAAGAAAAAAAUAUUACAGAAAUGAAUGAAUUAUUUAGACAAAAAUUAGAAGACUGGGAGAAACCAGUAAAAUCAACCAGCAGACACAAUUACACUAUAUCAAAACAAAGAGCCGUUGAUAAUACUAAUCUUAAAGAAGUACUGGCGUUUAUGGAAUUUGUUAAUAACAGUAAUGGUCACGAAAAUGGUUGGCCUAUUGAAGAUCAUCAACUUUUCUUAAAACUACGGCAUAAAUAUAAAAAUAUCGACGACCUGGCAAUUAAUUUUAAUAAAUUAUUACCCGAUAUUGCUUCAGACGCAGUUAAACAGCAUGAAGACUGGUAUCAGAAAUAUCUGUUUUUAAAAAAUCGAAAAAAUGAAGCCUUGGAAAAAUGGCGCAAACAAAAAAACUCGAUGCAAGAAAAACAAGAUAUUAAUGAUGAGAAUGUUUUACGUGCGACAACUAAUAAAACACACACACGGGUACAAAAAGACAAUAUUUACGAACAAAUUAUGCUUUGGAAGGCAGAAAAAGAAGCGAAGCGUCAACAAAAGGAAGCUUAUGAACAACUGCAGAAGGAUAUCAAGAAAAGGCGCGAAGAAAAUCAAAAAACAAUUAAUUUGCAUGUGAAGGAAGUUGUAGCAAAAUGGAAAGAGGCAAAAAUAGUAAGAGAACAAAAUGAAAAAGUUCAAAGAGAAAUACAAGAGUACUAUGGGAGAAAAAUAAGAGCCGCCACCGCAAAUAGAAUGAUUAAACAGUUCCAAACCCAAGAUGAUUUAUUUAUAGCAAAAAUGAGAUCCACUAAAUUAAAAGAAGAAAACCAAAAUAAAAAAAGAAGUAAAUCAAGUUACUUGGUGGACAGAGAUCCUGACAGAGUACUAAAACCUACCAGACAGUGGCUUUUUCGUACAACAAAAAACGAUAUUUUCGGCGAGGUGUCUUCACAUAUUCCUAAUAUAAGAGAGAUACCAAAACUAAAAAUACCGGAGUGGAGAAAAAAUAUUUGAGGUAAUUAGAAAAAGUUAUGUUCCAAAAUAUGUUUAUUAUACGAAUGGAAACGG